ACGAAUGRUCAUCAGGGUAUGGUAUAUAAGCAGGCUGCUACAGUCUGAGCCUCAUGUUGUUGUAUCUUACAUUCGUACGACAUGAUGAAGAUCACAAUUUUGCUGCUGUUKGYYGYAUUGAUCGCUUUCGCUGCUGGUGUACCMGUGGACAGCAACAACGACAUUGAAAAAGAUGAYGGARGACCUGGACAAGACGAGACUGAGUCAGCAAACUUGUUAGCAGAGGACAACAGGCCGUUAGAAGACGGAUUUCAAGAUCAAAAUGACGACGCGGAAGCCGAGGAAAGCGAAGACGUUCAAAACGACGAAGAUACCGCUAACAAUGACGUUGCAAAGCGUAACUGCCGUUACGUUGUUCGCUAUGGCUGGGGUCGAUGCAGAAUCAUCCGCAACACGCACAGGUGCUGCACAAGAGUGGUUAUAUGGCGCAGGAGGGUGUGCGGUCAUUGCCGUAUCAUAUGCAGACACAUUCGGUCAUGUCCUCGUAUUAGACGCUGCUACCGUGGCCGGUGUUACUAUGUUAUUAGGUGCAGGAUGAUCAGACGAUGUUAUCGUUACUGCGGUUAGGUCGCAGCCAUGAAAGUCGGCUGGUUUGAACUCUAAAGGCCGAUUUAGACGACACAACUUUUACCUACAACUAUCGCA